AUGGUAAUGUCUCGCCACUUUUUUCACAUCAAAUUAUAUCUACAAUCAAGAAUUUUCAGUAACCAAACUCGUUUAAUAAUUGAUGGAUCUCAACUACUCAUGCGCAUAAACCCAUUUUUAAAAUCUCAUUUCUGUUACUAUAUGGAGUUAUACUUAAAUACUAAAACGCAUCUUGUUUUCUUUAAAAUCAAAACAACUACAAAUUCGGCAAUAUUAUAA